AUGGCACCCCAAGAUACCUUUAUCGACGAGGAGGAAGAUACCUGCCCGUUAUGCAUCGAGGAAUUCGACCUGUCCGAUCGGAACUUCCGACCCUGCCCAUGCGGCUACCAGGUGUGCCAGUUCUGCUUCAACAACAUCAAGAACAACAUGAACGGCCUGUGUCCCGCAUGCAGAAGGCCAUACGAUGAAAAGACGAUACAGUGGAAGGUCGUCACUACGGAAGAGGUUGCCGAGUUUCGAGCAAAUAUCCAGAAGAACCAGAAAAAGCGAGCUCAAGACCAGAAGCAAAAAGAGGUUCAGAAGCGCGAGGUCGAGAAGGAGAGCCGCAAGAACCUCGUUGGCGUCCGGGUCGUCCAGAAGAACCUGGUUUAUGUGACCGGUCUGACACCUACAGUGCGAGAGGACGAACUACUCAAGACGCUGCGCAAGCCCGAAUUUUUCGGUCAAUACGGCAACAUUCAAAAGAUCUCAAUCAGCAAUCGGAAGACCUCGGACGGCCAAAACUCGCUCGGAAUUUACGUGACUUUCGAGAAGAAGGAAGAUGCUCAACGGUGCAUCCAGGCGGUCAACGGCUCUCAAAAUGGCGAUCGAGUGCUGAGGGCUCAACUCGGCACCACCAAGUACUGUUCGGCCUGGCUGCGGCACGAGCAGUGCGCCAACAGGCAGUGCAUGUUCUUGCACGAGUUGGGCGACGAAGAGGACAGCUAUACUCGACAGGACCUGUCGUCGAUGAACAGCAUCAGCUCGCAGCGGCCGCUCCCCGCUGGCUCCUCGUCCAACAGCGGCGGUGGCCCGUCACGAACUGCGUCACGGCAGCAGAAUAUUACGCCCUCGGUGCCUGCGGCUUCGCAACCCAUGGCACGAUCAUCGAGCAAGGACGGGUCGGAGAAUGGCGGCGAUGGCCCGGCUCUGCCAGCGUCGGCCAACUGGGCGAGAAAUCCCCAGCGGAGUCGCAGAGGAAGCCACGCCACCAGUGGCGCCGCCUCCAGCCCUGCAAUCUCGACCGCCCUCCCCGUAACGACCGAGGCAGUGCCCGAAGAGGCUAUUGAUGAGGCGCCUUCGAGAAAGGAAUCCCCCGCACCUGCGACCGAGAGCAGUGCCUCAAAGUCCACCACCAUAGCUGACAGCAGAAAAUCCAACAGUCUUCCGGAUAACCUCCUCAGGGGAAUUCUCAAGGCCAUGCAGGGUUGUCCUUUCAGCUAUCACGCCUCCGACACGAACCAGCUCGAGACGAUUUACCCCCCCAUGUUCGACACCCGCGGAGGCGAGAAGAGACGAGCCAUGCGCGAGGAGGAAGAGUCACGCCUGGGCGUCGAACAAGAGCAGCCGAGCGAUGCACAAGAACCUUCAGAAGGCGAACCGGAGACGGGAGGCAGCCUGGCCCUCGGCGGCGAGCCCGAAGACCGAGACGCCGCUCGCGAAGCCGCAUUCGAACAACGUCGACCCGGAACGCAGCCGCCUAUUCAGCGCACCAACGGCGAAGGCCUCUUUGGCCCCGCACUCGGCUCAGGGUUCAGUCAGGCGUCUGUGUCUGCCGGUUCCGUCGGCGGCAGCCGCUCGAUGACACCUCAGCAGCAACUCUUCGUCCGAUCCCAGAGCGGCUUCGGCGAUCAUCUGCCUCCGGGCAUCACAACUGCGCAGCCUUCGGCGGUUCAGCAACAAGGUGGCGGCCACAACAGACAAGGAUCGAGGUUCAGCUUUGCUAAUGACAGCGCGGGCACUUCAGCUUCGGUCAAGGUCUCCGCGAACCCGAGAAUCAUGGCGCAGCAGACGGCCAUGAUGCCAUCCGCCUUCCACUCGCAGCCCGGCAGCCAGUAUUAUGCAUCCUCCAUGCCCGGACCUCCUCCGGGUCUCAAGUCGACAGGCACGCCACCAAACAUGUUUGGACAGGGCCACUCGUUCGGUGGCAGCUUCGGCGCGGCGUCCAAGGAUUCCGCCGAGCUUCUUCAGACGUUGAUUCGAGGCCGGGGGGCCAAUGGACAGGGUCAUGAUGCUGGUAAGCUUGAUCUUGCGGACCCGAGCAUCCUGCAAGCGAGAAUGCAACACCAGUCGCAGAGCAACGCCGGAGUCGGACAGGGACUGUUCGGUGGACAGAGCCAAGGUGGGUACAACCCGAACAUGAUGUACAACACACGUUUUCCAGGCGCCGGAUGGUAG